UUUUGCUACUAUCGCUUAUUACAUACAUGCUAAAAAUAAAAUACCAAAAGGACUUGAAGGUAUUCCACUUAUUUCUGCGUGGCCUAUAAUAUGGGCAUUGUUUCGACAAAAGCAUCAUGACGAAAUCGAAGAUAAGAUUGCAAAAUCUGUUCGAGGUCAUGAUAUUUAUUUGAGUAACGUUUUUGGUUAUACAUCCGUAAAUAUCAAUAAUCCUUUGUACCUUAAGGAUUUCUUUACAAAACUCGAGGAUGAAGAUCCUCCAAAACUUAAUAUGAGUUUCAGAGGAGCUAUGCAGGAGUUUUUCGGUGAUGGUUUAAUUUUUUCGAAUGGUGACAAAUGGCGAACUUUUAGAAGAUUAGCCAGUCCUGCUUUCAAUAACGCCUUGUCUCCAGAUAUCGUUGGUGAUACUACAUUUGAACUUUUUAAUUUCAUGCAACAUAAUUUAAGUAGACCGAUUGAUAUAUUCGAAAUUAUGCAACGUACUACAGUCGAAGUGCUUGGAAAAUUGGCAUUUGGAUAUCGAUUUGGUGCAAGUACUGAUUUCUUAACAUAA